GGAAGUUAUUCAUAUGAAUGAGGCGACACAAUACAAUUUGAAGUUGGAACGGUUAGGCUACCACCAAUUUAGAACUAUGGAAAGGCACCCAACAAACUAUCUAUGUAAAGGUGUCAGCACAGGUACAACUAUCCUUGCAGUAAAGUUUAAUGGAGGCGUUAUCAUUGGCUCUGAUUCUAGGGCAUCAGUUGGUGGGUCUUAUGUGUCCUCUAAAGUCAUAAACAAGCUGAUCCAGAUUCAUGAUAAGAUAUUCUGCUGCAUAGCUGGAUCACUGGCAGAUGCACAAGCUGUAACAAAAAUGGCCAAGUUCCAGCUAUCUUUCCACAGUAUACAAAUGGACUCACCUCCCUUGGUUAAAGCUGCAGCAUCUGUGCUGAAGGAGCUCUGCUACAGUAAUAGGGAGGAUCUUGAGGCUGGUUUCAUCACAGCAGGUUGGGACAAGAAAAGAGGGCCACAGGUAUACACAGUGUCCAUGGGAGGGAUGCUGCUCAGUCAACCCUUUACCAUUGGUGGUUCUGGUAGCACCUAUAUCUAUGGCUAUGUGGAUGCUAAAUAUAAACCUGAUAUGAGCCGAGAGGAGUGCCUUCAGUUUGCUACAAAUGCUUUGGCGUUGGCUAUAGGCAGAGAUAAUGUGAGUGGUGGUGUGGCCCACUUGGUGGUGAUCACUGAGGGUGGAGUUGAACAUGUGGUUGUUCCUGGUGAAAAACUGCCAAAAUUCCAUGAUGAAUAGAAUAUAAGCAGAAAAUUUACACUCUACAUUUUAAAAUAGCUAGAGUAAACAUUUCAUCCCUAUAGCAUACUGCUGAAGGUUGAAGUCUUGUUCGCAUGUUGUCUUCAAUACACUGCUCAAGAGUAGAUUUGAUUCCUCCAAAAAAUAUCUGUUUAUUGUGAAUUUUUUGCAUUCUGUAUCCAAAUAUGUUUUCAGAAUUUCUCUGUCACACAUAGUUUUUGUUGUUCUGGUAUACUCUAUAUCGAUGUUCCUGAG